AUGGCGAUUUGUUGCGAGGAGGCUCUCAAGGCCGCGAAAACGCGGGGGAGGAGGGCGGAGGCUUAUACCUACCUUCUUCCUGUCUUCUUCAAAUUCAAACCCUGCUGUGCUUCUCUCUUGCCUGCACACAAAUGUUGUUUGUCGCUGUGCCUCCUACUGCAACUGCUGCCUCCAUUCGGGCCUCUGCGCAAGGUCUUUGCAAUCGAGCCCGGCGAGAGCACGUCGAAAUCGGAGAUUGUGAUUUGGAGACGUCAGACAGAGCAGGGUUUCUUUAGUGAUGCUGCGAUUGGAUCGUCACACAUGUGCCGUCUAUUUCAGUGUGAUGCGAUUAUUCUGAAGAAGUAUUGUACGUUUGUUGCAGAGAAUGCUAAGGAGGUAAUGGACCGUUUUAAGACCCUAGACGCCGAAGAUCACUUUAUUAGAAAAGUGAGAGAUACGCAACAAGAGGAGCUCCUCAAGUGCGAGCAACAAACUAAUGAGAUAUACAAAAAUCUAGAAGACCUCCAUGAGCAUACAUCGAAGCUGUUUCAGCUGAAAGCAGACCGAGAAGCACUCAUUUCCAAGUGCAUGUCAGAUAUCACAGAUAAGCUCAAUCACAGAAAGCAAAAGGUUAAGGCAUUGCAUGAAGCCACUGGAUGGUACAAACGACUCUUGAGUUUACGUUGCGAGUACUCUGAUGCCGUGAAGUUCAUCUUCACGAAUGUGGAUCCCCGUGAUCCUGACCGAGUGUUCAGUUUCUCCAUCCGCUUGGAUAAAAGUACCAGCUCUUGGACGAUGGUUGAAUGCAAACCGCGGAUGGAAGCAGCGGCGAGUUUUGUUGAAUCGUUGAACAAGAACAAUGAGUUAUCGCGAUUUGUGAGAUCUAUGCGUCGGGAGUUCGAAGUUGUGGCGGUCCGAUCUCGGUAUUUGGUGAAGUGACAUAUCCUCGUCUCUUGUCAAACAGCUUGAAUCGCAGACGUACUCCGCAAUGGUUAGGUGCAAUCGAGUGUACGCAGAGCAUUUCGAAGCGUACCAUCGUCGAAUUCCUACAGCUGUGCUUGUUGGUUCAUGAAGUAUCGGAUGGUAGGUGGUUGUACAACGUUUGUCUUAUGGUUCUUAGGGUGCUACAUGUGGCCCACAUUGUCGCCAUAUCUCGUGAGUUUUCAGUCCGAUACAUUAGAUAGCCCAUGCACUCUGAAGUUGAAGCCAUGUGCCAUGUACAUUGAAGAAUGCUGCAGCCGAAUCAAAUGACUUCCCUUGAUCUUAA